AUGACAAAUUUAGGAUCUGGCAUACCUGAAGUAAAGACAAUACUACAAGGUGUACAUCUCGAGAAACAUCUAACAUUUCGUACUUUAAUAUCUAAAUUGAUCGGCUUGAUGCUUGCAAUUGGAAGUGGUUUUCCGCUUGGUAAAGAGGGACCAUUUGUUCAUAUGGGUUCAAUAGUAGCACAUCUAAUGAGACGUUUGGUAGAAGGAAUUAAGCCUGCUUAUGCAAAUGAAUCCAGAAGCUAUGAGUUACUUGCUGCAGGAUGUGCUGCAGGUGUUGCUGCAACUUUUUCUGCGCCUGUUGGAGGUGUACUAUUCUCAAUUGAAGUAACAACAGCAUAUUUUGCGGUUCGUGAUUAUUGGCGUGGUUUUUUUGCAGCUGCAUGCGGUGCAGCUGCAUUUUCACUUUUACGAUUAUGGAUCAAUCCAUUCGAAGUAACAGUGGCAGCACUUUUUCAAACAAAAUUUCGGCAUUUAUCAUAUUAUCCCGAAGAACUGCUCAUUUUUGCAUGCAUUGGUGGUUUAUGUGGCUUAGCUGGUGCACUUUUCAUUCUCAUACAUCGCCGAUAUGUGUUGUUUCUUCGACGGAAUAAUUUAAUGAAACAACUUUUUCAGAGACACUGGAUAGUCUAUCCGUUCACAGUUUCAAUCCUUUAUUCGACCAUAACAUAUCCACAUGGUUUGGGACAAUACCUUACUGGACAGAUUGUGUUUGCACGUUCAUUGCGUGACUUUUUUGCUAAUUGCACGUGGCACGUGAGUCCAUUACACGUCGAAGCAUGCAGUGAAUUUUUGGUAAUGCGUUGGAAAAUAUAUGAUUCCGUAUUCAUUGAACUUGGAGUUUUCAUCGUUGGUUUCUUUUUUUUGGUGAUUGUUGUAAGUACAUUACCUGUACCAACAGGUAUAUUUAUGCCGGCAUUUGUUAUUGGUGCAGCAAUUGGUCGUUUUAUUGGUGAAUUAAUGGCAUUUGGUUAUCCGAAUGGUUUUCGCAAUGAUCAACAAUUACUCAUUCUUCCAGGCAUUUACUCAGUUGUUGGUGCGGUAUCAUUUUGUGGAGCAGUAACACAUACUAUUUCUGUUUCUGUGAUCGCUUUUGAAUUAACCGGUCAACUAUUACAUAUACUUCCUGUUAUGAUAGCAGUAUUACUAUCAAAUAUUGUAUGCUCAUCACUUCAACCAUCAUUUUUUGAUAGCAUUAUCAAAAUCAAACAUUUGCCAUAUUUUCCAGAUAUUCCAAAAUCUACCUCAUGGGUUCAUGAAAUACGUGUAGAACAAAUUAUGGUAAAAAAUGUGAAAUUUUUAACGAAACAAAGUACUUAUUAUGAACUUCAAGAAUUACUUACUACUACACGCAAAUUAAUGGCAUAUCCAUUGGUCGAUGAUCCAUCAUCGAUGAUAUUAUUGGGAUCGGUAAGUCGAGAAAAUCUGCUGUACUUGUUGAAUCAAAUUGUUGGAGAUGAAGCACGACGUGCUGAAUAUUUACGACGAAUGCAAUUGCAAAACGAAUUUCACGAUACGAUGACAGAUAGAGCUUAUAAGGAUGAAUCUCUUGUUAACUUUUCUAUAGCGCCAGUAUUUUCGAAAAUCUCAUUUACGGAAGUUAGCAAACAUGGAAAUACGGAAGAUAUGCAACGAUCACGAACCGGAUCACUAGAAUUGGGUAUAAAUCGAGGACCAAAAUUGAAGACAUCAAUUAGUGAGUAUGAUAUGCGAAAAUCUAAAGAGAGAGAGGAAAAACGAUGUUUGGAACAAAUGGAGCAAUUGCAUUCCGGACAUGAUUUUCGUGAAACUCUUGGCAGUGUGUUUGAAAAAAUUACACAAACAUUUCGCACACGGAAAAGAGAGGAACCAGAUGAUUUAAAUAAAGAAGAACGCCAAAUCUGGGAAAGGCAACAACUCAGCAAGGAAAUCGAUUAUUCUUAUACAACAAUUGAUCCCGCACCUUUCCAGUUAGUAGAGGACACAUCGUUGUACAAAGUUCAUUCAAUCUUUUCAUUACUUGGCAUACGACGAGCAUAUGUCACCAAAUGUGGCGUCCUCGUAGGUGUUGUAGCAGCAAAAGAGAUAACAUCAGCAAUUGAACGAAUACAAGCGGGAACUUUGACCGCGGUCACAAAACGGCCAGAGGAGGAUGAGCAUGAUCAAGAGAAUACUACGGAAGCAAUAUUUGAAAGUAGUGAAAGUGAUACUGACAACGAGGAUAUUAUUUUACCAAGAGUAGAAUUCGACAAAACUGUAAGCAGUGAAAUUCUGGAAGCAAAAUUUGCAGAAUUGCAAGCUUCAAUUGGAAGAGAAGCAUCAAAUGAAGAUCGCCGGAAAAGCUAUCCACAUUUUCCGGGAAAACCUUAUCGAAAUUUUCGGCUGCCAAGAUAUGGACGAAAAAGUUGUGAUAUAGUCCUAGAGAAAUUGUCAAAUGUGGAUGAUCAAACAACAAAACAGAAUUUCGGUCGUAUGGUUGAAAAAUUUCGACGAUUUCGAGAUUUAGUUUCCGAAUCUACACUAUCAAAAUUUUCUUCUCAAAGCUUGGAUUCAAACAAUCAAACAAAUGAUCAUUUCAUUAUUUCAUCCAACAAUAAUCUCGAUCAGCAUCUAAAGGAGUCAGAUCACGAAGCUGAAACUUCCACACCACAACAAAAUGCUGCUUCAUUAUGUUUUAACUUCAGUUCAAACGUUGUUAAUGAUGAUCCUGUUAUUAUCACCUCUGCCAUUACGGAAUACUUUCCGGAACAAAAUUUAUCAACAAAGGCGGAUGCAAAAUGCAAUACUCAUGUUAAGGAUGACAAAAAACAAUUCGUAACACGGCCUGAUAAGUCUUCUAAUGAUGAAAUAGAUGAGUAUCAGAAAAUUUCCUAGGUUUCAUAGGACCAAUACUGUUAGAAUUAGAUAUACGG